CCUUUCUUGGCUUACAGUUGAUGAUAAAAUCAAACUACGAUUAACUUUAAUAUUGUGGAAUGCAGUAUUUAUGAAACAGCCACAGUUUCUUUCUGAGCAGCUUGUUUUUGUAGGAAGUGGACACCUAUAUGCCACCAGACAGGCACUAGGUGGUGACAUAAAACUUCCGCUUCCCAUGACAAAUUUUCUGAAACGCACAUCAUUUUACAGAGCAAUAUCUAUUUGGAAUCGACUUUCUGUCUCAUCACGCAGAGUUCAGAACAAAUAUAAAUUUAAGAGGACAGUAACCCAGGAACUGCUGCAAAUGACCUCGUGAAAGCUGGAAAUUGUCAUGUUCUUUUAAUUGAUAAUAUUUUGAAUGUAAUUGUAAUGUUUGAAUUUUCUUGAUUGUAAUUUGUGUUUGUUUUGUGUAAUUUUAUGUUGUGACGAUUUUUAAAGAGGACCCCAGGAAGACUAGCUGCCAUUAAAUGGGCCGCUAAUGGGGAUCCUAAUAAAACAAUAAAAACAAUAAUCAUUCAUUCAGCGCUGUUGCUGCUGCGGUGUGUCACGUGACAAGCAAUGACGCGUCACCAUGGAAACCAUAAAAUAACGGUUGCCUUGAAAAAUGUAAAUUUACGUGUGAAAGGGUUAGCCUAUAUGUUGUAUGCGCAGCCGCAGCGGAGACAUAAUUUAAGAGCGCGAGUCCCGCAAGAAUAUGACACAAAAUGACACAAAAAAGGAUUUCAAAUUUCUUUUCUAAAGCUCCCACAGCAAAGCGAAUAAGAGAAGGGGGGGCAACAUCACUGGAUUUCACAUCCGAUUCAUCGUUAUGUGCAGCACCACCGGCAGAAAGCCGCCGGGAUGAGCAGCGACAGCUGACCCAAGUGAGUGAACCCACCACCGCCACCCUCACUAUGAGCCACCCUCAUCCCUCGUCGCCACACGCUGAUAGUCAAAAAGCAGAUGCAGGUGCACAGUCCUUCAGGCCUCCGCUUGAUUAUAAUUUUCCAGUCAAAAAAAAAAGUGGGGAGAGCUUUGCACGCAGCUGUAGGGCAUCCUGGUUCCGAGAGUGGAAGUGGCUGGAAUAUAUUUCGGACAGUGAUGGCAUCGUGUGUGGGGUGUGCAGAUCGGCUGUCAAAAGUAAACUGCUGUGCCCAACCACCGACAGUUUGUUUUUAAAAGAUAAGGGAUUUUCAAAUUGGAAAAAGGCAACAGAGAAAAUCAGAGACCAUGAGAAAUCUAAAACUCAUUUAGAUGCAACCCAAAGAUUGGCAGGGUUGAAAAACACUCCAAUAAAUGCACUACUCUCUGACGCCAAGGCAAAGGAGCAGAGAACAGCGCGGAAAAUCCUCGAACUUAUUUUCAGCUGCGUAAGAUUCUUGGGGCGCCAGGGGCUUCCACUGAGAGGGGAUGCCAAUCGGGAUGGAGUCUUAUGGCAGCUAAUGCAGGAGCGAGUGCGCGAUGAUCCUGACCUUGAUAAGUGGCUGAAAAGGAGAGACAACUGGAUGUCAAACAACAUCCAAAAUGAGAUUCUGGAACUAUUUGCGCAUGACAUAUUGAGAACAAUUGGAGCAACAGCAUCAAAAACUGACUUUUUUGGGUUAACUGCGGAUGGGACAACAGAUAUCAGUGGCAAAGAACAAUUUUCAAUUAGUCUGCAGUUCAGCAAUGACCACCUAGAAGUUCAAAAUUUCUUUCUUGGCUUUUACAACGCCCCUGACACAACGGCUGAAAUCUUAUUUCUGUGCAUAAAGGAUGUCCUGGUGCGCCUCCAUUUGCCACUGGAGCGACUGAAGGGCUACUGCUUUGAUGGAGCCAGUAACAUGUCAGGGAGGUUCAAUGGGGUGCAAGCUAAACUGAAGGAAGUAUGUCCCGACUCUGUUUUUGUCCACUGCGCAAAUCACUCACUGGAUCUGGUGCUGCAAGAAGUGGCUCGUGAAGUGUGUCUUGUUGCUGAUACGCUAAACUUUGUGCGUGAAGUCACUGUUAUAAUCAACGAUUCAGCAAAGAGAAAAGCGUUGUAUCAGUCCCUAUUUGGAGAUGGAGACGUUGUGAACUUCCUUGGCCUCUGCCCAAAUCGGUGGUGCGUCAGAGUUGUGUCAAUGUCACGUUUGCUGGCCUGCUACGGAGAGAUGAUACAGACUUUCAGAUCCUUGGAGAGUGACAAAGCUGUGAAAGGGGACACCCGUGCCAAAAUUGCAGGAUUGCUAACAAAGGCCACAACUAUGCGCACAGUGUUUGGUUUGUUUGCCUGCGUAACCCUAUUUACCCCAUGUGAAGCAGUGGCACGAUCACUACAAGGAACCAAAGUAACAGCUCUAGGAUCCAUGGAAGCUGGCAAACUCCUUUGCAAACAACUGGGCACACUGCGACAGGAUGAAACCAUCACUGACCUUGUGGCCAAGACCAAGCAAUAUGCAGAGCGUUACGGCCUGAAGCCGCCACAUCCAGUGCGCAGCAGCAAGACACCUGCACGCUUUCGCUAUACACAAGAGGAGGAGGCCAAUGACCAAGAGUGCAGCGAAGUGGAGGUGUAUCCGAAUGUGUGGAAAAGGGAGAUGUUUGAGGCGCUGGACCUGGUGCGCUCAGAAGUGGAGAGGCGUUUUGACCAGGUCGGAAUCCAAGUUGCUGCAGGGCGAGAGCAGGCGAUCAUUGAGGCAGCUCAAGGAAAAAAAGUUAAUGUGACUUCUCUGAAACUCACCGGUUUUACAAGAGAGCGACUGAGUCAUGAGUUGGACAUACUGCGGGAUAUCUGUACAGGGCGUGAAGUUAACACAAUUCGGGAUGUUGUGUCCAUUCUCCAAACCAUGCAACCACAAACAAACCCGUUCCAUGCUGUCAGAGGUGGAAAAGCUCAUCAAACUAUGCCUGUGCCUGCCCUUAUCUGUCGCUGCAUCAGAGCACUCCUUCUCGACUUUGCGCAGGUUGAAAACCUGGCUGCGUAACACAAUGUCACAGGAGAGACUAAUGCACUUGGCCAUUAUGAAUGCCCACAGUGAUCUCCUGGAUGAAAUCGAUGUCUAAAAAAAUGUAUAAGUCGAACAACUGAAAGAAGAUCCACCUUUGGAAAUGCAUGAAUUCAUUUUGUUGGUUUAAUGCACUUUUUGAGUAGCGUAUGUGUCUACUAGCAUGUUCAUAGCUACGCAUGAAACGCAGCCCAGGUAUGAUGCUUCAUGCGUAAUGGAGAUUCCAAAGCGCUCUUCUUUGGUUAGAACCAUGGAGAGCGAUCGCGGAUAGGUCUGUCCUAUGCACCAAAACUUUUAACAAUGCAACAAAAUACUUAAAGAGCAUCAAGAUAUUAAAAUCUAUAUUAUGUAUACGCACAGAAAAUAUAACAGUAGGCUAUAUUAGUCAAUAUUUUUUAUUAGGUUAAGCAGUGAUUGGAUAACGUUUUUUUUUUUAUUUAACAUUUUUAAUUUAAGGCCCACCCACAAUUGGUCUGGCCCAUCCAAAACUGGAAUCCUGGCGCCGUGCCUGGGCUACACUGA